AUGAAGUUUCUUUUCCUGUUUCUUGCCAUCCUUCUGACCAUGGAACCAGUGGUAUCAGGCAAACGUCACAUCCUUCAAUGCAUGGGUAACUUGGGAAUCUGUAGAGCCUCUUGCAAAAAGUCUGAACAACCCUACCUCUAUUGCAGAAAUUAUCAAUCAUGCUGCCUCCAUUCCUACGUAAGAAUAGACAUUUCUGGCAAAGAGGGAAAAAAUGACUGGAGCCAAGAGAACCGCUGGCCAAAAAUAUCUUGA